AUGUCGGACGAGGUUGCUCUGGCACAAAAUGCUCGACCGGGUGAGGACACAAUUUUCGGAAAAAUAUUGAGAAAAGAAAUCCCUUGCAAAUGUUCAAACCUCGUCCAACUGACUUGUUUUCAGUGUGUGGCUUUCGACGAUGUAAAUCCUCAACACUAUUUGGUUAUUCCUCGGAAACCAAUACCUCAGUUAUCCAAAGCCGCCGACGAAUACGAACUGCUAUUAGGUCAUUUGCUAAUUGUAGCAAGAAAAAUAGCUGCAACGAGGAAGUUGGAUCAAGGGUUUCGAAUUGUUAUUAAUGAUGGGCCUGUGGGCGCUCAGUCUGUUUAUCACGUUCACAUACACGUUUUGUCCGGGAGGCAGAUGCGUUGGCCUCCGGGUUAAUAAUUUUGUUGAGCUGUUUUACUCAAUAAGUGUGUUAUUAAAGUAAUUUUU